AUGGCUGUAUCCUUUGUAUUUGUGGGCGGUGUGCGUAGCAGAGCAGCCUAUAAGUGCACUGUCUUGUUUGUCCAUAGGUUUUCCCUGCCGGAUCUAGCCGGCGGCAACUCCAUGAUGCGCAUCGAACCCACUGAUCCUCCGGACUGUACACCCUCCGAGUCCAGCAUGAGCGAUGCGGGUGACACAGCGUUGAUAGUGGAAGUGGAUUUACACAGUACUUGUGAGGGAGCGACCCUGACCCUGUCAGUGCCGAACUUAGAGCAGUCAAUUGGCAAAGAUGACCCCCAAGCCCCUGGCUGCACCAAGAGGGAAGCAAGUGAGAACUACGAAGAGAGGCGUACAAAGAUAUACAAGGUGGAGGAGACCACCAAGGGCAAAACCUAUUUCGUAAGACGAUAUCAUCCCGAGAAAUAUGAGAAGUGGUGCAGGGUUGUCUACAAAGUAAAAGUUGCCGAAGAAGGGAAAGAACUGAAGUGUGAGUGUGCUAAUUUUGAGCACACGGGUUUGCUAUGCUGCCAUUCAGUUAAGGUCCACGAUUGCCUCAGCAUAGACUGUAUACUGACAAAACAUAUUCUGAAAGGGUGGACAAAAGACGCAAGGGAUGUACUCCCCAACCACCUAUCACAUCUUCGGAGGGACAACAUCUCUUUGAAUUCAGUAACUUGUAGGCACUCAAAUUUGUACACCCAUGCUCUUGAAGCUGUACGACUUGGGGAUGCAAACACAGAAGCGUAUAAAUUGUGCCAUGAAUAUCCUCAAGACAGCAAUGGAUACAUUGACUCCUAUAGCCGCUUUCACUAUGCGCAACUCACAGCGGAUGUGGGAGUGACGCAGAAGCGGUGCGUGCUGGCACGAGUAAUACAAUACAGUGUGAGAGUGAAACGGAAACCAUGGAUCCAUAAACCUCGGCUGGAUCCUCGCAGGACUCGGUGGAAGGCAGGGCCGACGGCGCGUUGGUGGCGGAUGAAGCUUGAGAGGGAGAGGCUGAAGUGCAUUCCCGUUUUGCAGCGUUGGAACUUGGAAGAAGUCGGAGAAUACGAUCCAGAGAAUGGAGGUUCCGCCAGCGGUGACAACUGCUCCGAUAUGGGUAGCUACGCGGAAUCCAUGACCAACCUUGUGUGCAAGCAGACGCCGCCGUCGAUGGUGACAACCCACCCGCAAAGCGCCCAAAUCUUGUGCAAUGAUCCAACGGCUCGCGUUACGACCGCCGUCUGA